AGUUUCUCUUACUUUGAGAGCGGACUUCCUUUAGGCAGUAAAAAAGCACCCUAGCAUGUGAGCUGUCUGAGCUGACCAUAUUAAGCGUAUCCACUCUUAUUGAAAUCAGACAGAGGCGUGUGGAAAAAAAGCACACUGAAGGUUUUCAUUCAAAGGGAUUACCUGUACAUAUAUUUAUUAAAAUAUUAUAGCCAAUUGUUACACCUGUGCUGCAAAUAUGGUUACUGCUUUGUUUUGUUUUCUUUUGGCAAAAAGCAAUGACUGUAGAAAAGAUGGAUGACCUGGCUGCACUUCCUCUCAUUGUACAAAAAUGAAGUCAAAAUUUCACACUUGUGGGAACUGCCAUGUUGCACUUUUGGAGCCAGAGCUUGCGCAAUAGUGACUUGAGGUGAGGGUCUGUGUCAAGCUCCCGCCAACACACCCACUGGAUGUGACAACGAACAUGCCCCAUUACACUUUUUACGUAGCCAGGCUACUUCAGUGUACCUGCUGAUGGGUUUACCGCGACUGACGACUUGUUAAAUUAAGAUACAUCCACCUUGGGGGGAAACUAGUGAGGGAGACCACGAGGACUAAGCUGGGUUUCCUGGGUCCAGAGGUUUGGAGAAACUUCUUCCCUUUCUUUCAUCACAGCUGUCCUGUGCCAGAUGUUCUGUUGACUCACUAAGAGAGGCAUCAUUUAAGAAACACCAGGAAAACUGAAGCUCAUCGCAUUCAUCUUCUCUCUGGUUACUCUGGUAUCUGUUUCUGGUUCAGAAACUUGUCCAGUGGGAUUCAAAGAAAGCCAUAAAAUAUUCCACUUUAUUCUGAAGUCUAAGGUUAAAACCAUGGAACAAUAUUUAGCAUACGUUUUGGACACUGACAUCAUAGUUAAUCCUACUGUGUCCAAACCCAGGGAGCUGUUCUCUUUCUUGGCACUGAUUAAUGCUUACGUUCCUGAGUUCUACCUCCCGAUGCAACAGUGCCAACAAUUUCUUGGACCACCUGAUCCAAUCCAUGGAGGACCCCCAUUUGAAAAACGAAUGAAGCCUUUUACCUCCUUCAUUAAAAUAUCCAGAGAAGGUGUUUCAAUGGACCAGGAGAUAGCAUGGGAAGCUGUGGAGAAACUCAAUGACUUUGGGUUUAACCAAAGUAAAACUGUGAAGAAAUUAAUGGUUUUACUUUGUGGUGGUCAAACUGAACCAUGGGUAAUACAAUUAAUCAAAAAAAUGUUAAUAAAGAGAGAAAUGGGAAAAACUCGCAAGGAUAAAUUUUCAAGGUUAAUUACAGACAUCUUGAGAAAAGAAAGGUUUGACCAUGCUGUCUCUGUAUUGAAAUUUGCAUCACACAAAUUCCACAUGGACCCUGUUUAUCCCCAAACCAUUUCCCGUCUAUAUCACACAAAUACAAAUAACUCAGAACCAGCUGAAAAAUGGGCCAAGAUAGCAGUUGCAAGAGCUCCAAACAACUCUUACAUGGCUGACACUCUUGGACAAGUUCAUAAGAAACGCUUGAUUCGUGCCAGGGAGGAUAUUUUAAGAAGGGCACAAGAGGCCUUCCAAGCAUUUAAAGAUGUAGAGAGGAAUGCUGAGAAUGAAAUACAUGAUGAAAUCAUGCCUGAUACCUUCAACAACAGAGGUCUCUUUGGUUGCAUUCAAGUGGCAAAAUUAGCUUUUGAGAAACUCAAUGACUGUUCUGCAGAUAUUUAUCCAGAUAUAAAAACAGAAGUUGAAGACAAGUUUAACUUUUUUGAAUGGUAUCUAACCUACUCCAAACCUGGCAUUAGUAGCUUGGAGCCACAUUUCUUCUGGAGGGAUGUUGCACUCUGUUAUAAGCACUACACAAACAGAAGAGCAGCAGACUCCACCAGCUUUCCAGGCCUCCUUGAUCUGCUGAACCACGGUCUUUUCAUGUCAAAGGGAAGACGUGCUAGAUUUGAGGAACCUGAAAAAACUGUGUCUGAAUUAGAGACAAUACAAGAAUGGCUGAAGGCUGCAUAUGAGGAAAAUGUUGAAGAUAUCAAACUAGCAGAGAGGUACAUCCUCUCCAACAUCCUCUUAAGCAACAAGAAGCCAGAUUCUCCUAAACUCAGCCCAGUGAAGGAACUGAAAGAGAUAAUUCACAGAUUCUUGGGCAGCGAAGAAGGACAUAGGAGACCUGAGUUUUAUCUUUUGGUGCUAAUGCUGUUUUGGCCUGAAAAUCAGCUUCAGCUGCUGAAAGAAGAGGACGAUGAAGAAGUCGGACAAAAGAUCACAGAGGACAGUAAGUCAGCAGACUCAACCUGGGAGGACAUGAACACUGAUGAGGAAAAAGACAGAGAACCGGAGAAACAUUCACAGCUUCCUGCUGACCUCAUAUUUGACCUCAACCUGCAAAGUAAUGUUAGAUUCAUGGAGACAGCAUUUGAGAGAGCAGGCUAUGACAUCUACCUUCGAGGUCGUUACCUGUUGCCACUGUUUUUUCUGGGAAAAGGCUCCGGACUGAGCAAAUGGAUCCACAAAUCCAAGCUGGAUGCAAUAGUGGAGGAGAAGGUGGACAAUGAGCUAAAUGAUCAACAAAAUGAAAACAUUGAUUGGAAGGAGAAGAUGAGGCGGAUCAAUGAUAUGUGGCGCAGAGGGGAAGUGUGGCACAUUUCAGAAAUCAGAGAUAUCCUUCUUCCGGUCAAAAUAGAGCAGAGUUCUUCUGCAGAGUUACAGGAGCAUGAAGAACAGGAAGUGUGUGUUUGUGUAGGAGACCAGAAAAUAAAGGAUAGAACUGAAGCUCAACCACCUGAACCCACGCUGCAAACGACACUUUUCUAUCUGGGCUUCACCAUUCAGGGUCCUGUUGUCUUUUAAGUGGGAGUCCUGAACUCUGACAGUGACCGUCAGUGAACUCUACAUUAUGGACAUUUACUUUACUGAGUUUACUGUGAAAAACAAUAAAAGUAAAGCCAGAUUUAUGCGUGCAAAAACUCAGAUGCCUGCAUGUGUAGAUAAAGAAGAAAUUGCAGUUAAUAUAAAAAUAACAGUAGUAAUGCGCUUUUAUUCCAUUAGUCUGAAUCAGUUAUUGUAGUGUUUAGUCUUUGAUUAAUUUUUUGCUUCCUGUUUUGAUUUUCAGUUUUGAUUUUUAAUAGAGUGUAAUUACAGGUUUACAGAGUGGGUUUAAUACUAAUCAUUACUCUGUUUUAUGCUUUUAUUUCUUUUUGGCAUCCAAAAUUAGUUAGUGUAGUUUUUAUUUUACAGUUAGCUUUUUUAACAUCUAGUUUAGGUUUUUAUUUAACUAGUUAUAUUAGUUUUGGUCUGAAUCUGGAUUGUCCUGCAUUUAAUUAGUUUCUGGUUGUAUUUCUGCAACAUACCUGUCACUGUAAAGAUUCCUUUUGAAGAAAUAUGUCUUGAAAAUGUAAUAAAAAUAUAUACAU